CUGAUCUAUCGCAACAAACAUAGCAUACUUGUCUCCCCCCUCCAUCUAGUUCCAAUCCUCUCACAUCUUUGAUCUUUGUAUUCUCUAUUGAUGACUACAACGACCAUGGAACACGUAAGAAACGCAGCAUCCUCAGUGGUUACUUUCGGACGAACUGUUGCUCAAGAACAUCCAACCUCCCUAGCCAUUGGUAGCACAGGGCUUGCACUGGCUGCAGCCCCUAUCACUGGCCCUGCAAUAUUAGGUGCCGUUGGUUUCAGUGCUACAGGGCCUGUUGCGGCUUCUCUUGCUGCGGCAUGGCAGUCUUCACUGGGGGCUGUUCAAGCAGGGAGCCUUUUCGCUACCCUGCAGGGGGCUGCAAUGGGAGGCGCUGCUUCAGGGGCAUUUACAACAGCUUCAAAUGUUGGGUUUGCAAUGGUGGGGUCCGCAGCAAUGGGAACACAGUUGAUUAAUAAAAAAGAAGUUUCGGGGAAGCAUGAUAAUGAAGAAGAUAAUAACACAAAAAAUCAUGAAAGCCAGCCAGCUGAAGAUAACAAACACAAGAUAAACAACCGACAGAUUCCUGAUAUGGAUAACUGUCUAGACACAGAGUUUACAAGAAUGCUUAAGAUUGACAUGUCUUGAGUAUGGUACCACUGCUGAUAUUCUUGUCCGAAUGACUCCUUGAUAUGCUCCCUCAGAGUUGUGAUUGUAUAGGGGUCCAUGAUCAUUCACAAUGUGACAUUCUCCUGAGGUUAUAUACUAAGGCGACAAACAAUAAGAAGUGGUGCUUUUCUUAGUCUGGCAGAUCUUGAGUAAAGGUAGUUGCGGCCUGUAGGGCCAUGAAAAUGGAGGUGAAAGUAUUUAAUGAGGUCCGUGCUCUCGCCCGGGGGGAUGGUUCAGCGGGGUGGUGGUUCGGC